AUGCCCAAAAUCCUCGCCGUCUUCGGUGCCACGGGCCAACAAGGCUCCUCCGUCAUCCACCACGUCCUGCAAAACCCCAGUCUUAGAACCCAGUACACCAUCCGCGCCCUCACCCGCGAUGUCGAUUCGCCCUCCGCACGGAAUCUCCAAGAAAGGGACAUCGAAGUCCUGCCUGCCGACAUACUCGACCGCGCCUCCCUGGAUCUUGCUCUCCAAGGCGUCCACACCGUCUUCGCCAUGACACCCCCCUACACCUCCGCCAGCGCACUCCCCAGCUCCUCAGCCCUCACGUUCGAAUUCGAAAACGGAAAGCGCAUAGCCGACGCCGCGCUCGCCGCAGGCGUAGCGUUCUUCAUCUUCAGCACUCUGCCCUCCGUGAGCGAGAUUUCGCACGGGAAGUACACUUCCGUCGCGCCCUUCGACGGCAAAGCAAAAGCCGAGGCGUAUAUCCGGGGGCUUGCAGCGUCUGGGAUGGACAGCGCGUUUAUAUGUCCUGGGUCGUUCAUGGAGAACUUUACGGCGCAGAGGUGGAGCGCGCCGAGGAAAGGGGUGGAUGGGGUGUGGGCAGUGUUCUUGGGAGGAGUGGAGGAGAUGGCGCCGUUUGAGGGGUUGAAGGAUUUCUUGGAGGAGGUGUAUCGGUAUGCGGAGGAAUUUGGGGGUAUUUUGGGAGGGGAGGAGGAGAAUGUGAGAUGGGCGGUGGAGAGUGUGGGCGGAAGGAGUGAGUUGACGUCUUUGGAGAAGUUCUUGGAGAAGUAUCCCUAUGAGUUGGGUGAUUGA